CUUCUUCGCGAAACCCUACCUGGAAACCCUAGUAAGUACUCUGCGCGCAUACGUCAGAAGAAUUUAAUCUAUUAAGUUUCGUAUUGUUCUCUCCAUUGAUUUGUUUUGUAAUGAAAAAUUUCUAAUAACAUGAUUAUAAAGCAAGAUCCCACCACCAGUUCCGCCGCCAAUGCGUGCGGCAAUUGCGGUUUGGAAGAGCGCCGUCUGCUCCACCACGUUCGCCACCGUGGGAUCUUUCGUCGGCUAUGCACCACCUGUGUCCUCCGCCUUCACCCUCAAUCAUUCUGCCCCACCUGCUUCCAGGUCUACCCUCCCUCCACAACGCACGACUCCGUUAUCACAUGUUUCAAAUGCUAUUCCUCUUCCCACUCUUACUGCGUCACCGCCCCCGCUUCUCCCGGGAACAACUACGCUUGCCCCCUUUGCAUUAACCCAAACUCUCCAAUUUUUAACUUGAGAAGAGAAACGGAAGCUAAUGUUACUGGCGGGGAUGAGGGUUUGGACGUGACUGGAAAUAGUGAGGUUUAUAGGGUGAUUGAUAGGACUUCAGCGAAGAUCUUGUUGGCUGCAGCAAAGAUUGCUGCAGCUUCUAUGUUUAAGGCUGCUGUGGCAGCAAGAGCAGAGGCUGAGCGGAAGGCUAAGGAGGCUGCCUUCACAAGGAAAAGGGCAAAAGAAGCAUUGGACCAUGUGGCAUACUUGGUCGUGAGGGAGAAGGUGAGAAAGAAGGAAGCAGGUAUAUUGAUAUCACCUGAGGUGCCCGGGCCCAGUGGCGGUGAAAAUGUGGCUCAUUUGGGUGGUGGUGGUGGUGGUGAUAAAAGUGGUGGGAAUGUGGGUCAUCUGGGUGGUGGUGGUGUACGAGUUUCAAGAGAAAAUUAUACUAAUGCUAAAAAUACCAUCGGUGCAAGAAGUGAAAACGUGAAUGGUGGUGUGCCUCCUGUGGUGGUUAUGGAAGAGAAGACUAAUUUGACAGGAAAUGUGAAUAGAGUGGAUAAUUCAAGUCAGGUAUUGGCAGCAUUGAACGCAGUGGAGUUGAGGGAAAAUGAGCAAAUGGGUGGAAUAAAUGCACUAGAUGAAGUGUCUGCAAAGCUUUCGAAUGAUAGUAGUGUGCUGAUGGAUGUUGACAAUAACGAGGCCAUGAGGGUGAGUUCUGGAUCCAAUGAUGGAGAAUCACUGGUUGAGAAGAACAGCGUUGGUGGGAAUGAGACAUCUGCUAAUUUAGGUUCUUCUGCAGAGGACCACAAUUUGCAUGAGGAGAAAAUAGAGGAAGUGAUUGAGGGGAUGGUUUUGGUUCCACAAGUUGAGGAUCAGAUGCAGCACAAGGAAAAUAAUGAAGGACAUCAUAAUAAUGGGACACAACAAUAGUUAGGUGUUGUUCUUGGUGUUCUUAGAUCAUACAGAGGCUAGUUGCAAUAUUUCAUCAGACUGAGAAAUCACGAGCAGGCCUUGUGAGUUAUAUCUGCUCAAGUUAGUUGAUUCUUAUAUUUGUCUACUCACCAUUUUCUCGUCAAUGUUGGGCCAAGUUUUAUGUAAAGAUUUUCUAGAACUUGCUAUGAUAUUCCGUUACUCCCCUUUGUUUUGAUAAAUUGAAUCUGAACUUUGUUUGUUGUAUUAAAUGGUUUUAUCCCUGUUCAGCUGUUAAACA